AUGUUCAAGUACACCUUCCAGGGCAACUUCAGCUUGGUUCGCGCGCAAGAAAAGUUCGGCGCCCGCGAUGACGGCCGUGCCUACCCACAAACGCUAAGGACGCGCAUUGAUCCCUAUAAGCAUGAGAGUACGGAAAAGGGUGAUGAGAGCAGGGAGAAGGGUGAUGAGAGUAGGGAAAAGGGUGAUGAGAGUAGGGAGAAGGGUGAUGAGAGUAGGGCGAAGGGUGAUGAGAGUAGGGAGAAGGGUGAUGAGACUAGGGAGAAGGGAGAUGAGAGUAGGGAGAAGGGUGAUGAGAGUAGGGAGAAGGGUGAUUAUAGUAGGGAGAAGGGAGAUGAGAGUAGGGAGAAGGGUGAUGAGAGAAGGGAGAAGGGUGAUGAGAGGAGGGAGAAGAGUGAUGAGAGUAGGGAGAAGGGUGAUGAGAGUAGGGAGAAGGGUUAUGAGAUUAGGGAGAAGGGUGAUGAGAGUAGGGAGAAGGGUGAUGAGAGUAGGGAGAAGGGAGAUGAGAGUUGGGAGAAGGGUGAUGAGAGUAGGGAGAAGGGUGAUGAGAGUAGGGAGAAGGGUGAUGAGAGAAGGGAGAAGGGUGAUGAGAGGAGGGAGAAGAGUGAUGAGAGUAGGGAAAAGGGUGAUGAGAGUAGGGAGAAGGGUGAUGAGAGUAGGGAGAAGGGUGAUGAGAUGAGGGAGAAGGGUGAUGAGAGUAGGGAGAAGCGUGAUGAGAGUAGGAGAAGGGGUGAUGAGAGUAGGGAGAAGGGUGAUGAGAGUAGGGAGAAGGGUGAUGAGAGUAGGGAGAAGGGUGAUGAGAGUAGGGAGAAGGGUGAUGAGAGUAGGGAGAAGGGAGAUGAGAGUUGGGAGAAGGGUGAUGAGAGUAGGGAGAAGGGUGAUGAGAGUAGGAAGAAGGGGGAUGAGAGUAGGGAGAAGGGUGAUGAGAGUCGGGAGAAGGAUGAGAGUAGGGAGAAGGGUGAUGAGAUAAGGGAGAAGGGUGAUGAGAGUAGGGAGAAGGGUGAUGAGGGUAGGAAGAAGGGUGAUGAGAGUAGGGAGAAGGGUGAUGAGAGUAGGGAGAAGGGUGAUGAGAGUAGGAAGAAGGGUGAUGAGAGUAGGGAGAAGGGUGAUGAGAGUAGGGAGAAGGGUGAUGAGAGUAGGGAGAAGGGUGAUGAGAGUAGGGAGAAGGGUGAUGAGAGUAGGGAGAAGGGUGAUGAGAGUAGGAAGAAGGGUGAUGAGAGUAGGGAGAAGGGUGAUGAGAGUAGGGAGAAGGGUGAUGAGAGUAGGGAGAAGGGUGAUGAGAGUAGGGAGAAGGGUGAUGAGAGUAGGGAGAAGGGUGAUGAGAUUAGGGAGAAGGGUGAUGAGAGUAGCGAGAAGGGUGAUGAGAGUAGGGAGAAGGGUGAUGAGAGUAUAGAGAAGGGUGAUGAGAGUUGGGAGAUGGGUGAUGAGAGUAGGAAGAAGGGUGAUGAGAGGAGGGAGAAGGGUGAUGAGAGUAGGGAGAAGGGUGAUGAGAAUAGGGAGAAGGGUGAUGAGAGUAGGGAGAAGGGUGAUGAGAGUAGGGAGAAGGGUGAUAAGAGUAGGGAGAAGGGUGAUGAGAGUAGGGAGAAGGGAGAUGAGAGUUGGGAGAAGGGUGAUGAGAGUAGGGAGAAGGGUGAUGAGAGGAGGGAGAAGGGUGAUGAAAGUAGGGAGAAGGGUAAUGAGAGUAGGGAGAAGGGUGAUGAGAGUAGGGAGAAGGGUGAUGAGAGAAGGGAGAGGGGUGAUCCGCACAUGUGCAGGAAGUGCAGCAGACGCUCUUCAUUUGCGAGCGCCGAUGACCGAUGA